UUCGAUCUCUCCUCAACAGGUCUCAUCGGCACCCCAAGCGGGACUCGAGCCGUCAUAAUGCUGCGCACAAUCUCGACGCGGUCUAUCAACGCGGGAGGUCGACAGUCCAUUUGCGCCGCAUCUGCCCAGGCCCGAAUACCAAUAUUUGGGCUGCCCGCGGUGAGAUGGUAUAAAAAUGCAUCACACUGUGCGCUGGCCGGAGAGACCGCCUCUCGUGAUCGUCUUUUCGUGUCCGAUUUGAUCAGAUGCCUCCCCGACCAUUUAGCCAUAGGCCGUAUCAGACCAAAAAACUUCGCGAACUCACCCAACCCGCGGGCGUAUCAACUCGUCUUGCCGAGCCUCUCUUCAGCUACAAUUUGGCGUCGAGUAGACUGCUCCACAUGUUGGCUCGACUAG